ACUCAAUGAGUACGAAAAGAAAGCGUGCUGCCGAGCCCGACCCGGAAAAGGAUGUUGCUUCCACUUCUACCGCUUCCAAGAAGCGGAAAGGACGAAUGACAAUUGCGGAAAAGGAAAAGCGAGAGUUUGAGAUGGCGAAGGGUAAUUAUGUGAUGGCACAGAUUCGAAAACAUCGAAGUUCCGCCGGCAAUAAUUCUGUAUUCGAGAGUUUUCUCCGAUUACCGCCACGCCGCUUCGAGCCUGAAUAUUAUGAGCAAGUAAAAGAGCCGAUUGAUGUUACCACAAUCCAACAUAAACUGAAAAUUCCCGAAUAUUUGACGUAUGAUCAGUUUAAUGAUGAUUUCAUGAUGUUCAUUAAAAACAACCUCACUUACUACAAAGACGAAUCUGAAGAACACAAGGAUAUGAUGAAAAUUCAAGAACUUUUCGAGGCUGCUACCGCUAAGGUGAAAUCUGGAGAAUAUCUAGAUGACGCAGAGGACGAAGAGGGAGACGAAGAUGUGGAAGAGACAGUUCAGGAAGAGGAAGAACCUGAAGAGAGUGGAACAUCAUCUCGUGAUUCGACACCUAUGGACCUGGAUCACUUCAUGCUUUGUGAUCUUUUGGGAGCGGUUCUUGAAGCGACUGAUAACACCGGAAGGCUUCUUUGCCCACCAUUCCGAGUUCUUCAAAGUCGAGAAGAUUUCCCAUUGUACUAUGAGAAAAUAGCUAAACCAAUUGAUCUCAAAACGAUUGCUCAAAACGGAGUGAACAAGAAGUAUUCCACAAUGAAAGAACUCAAAGAUGAUCUAUUCCUGCUCUUCAAAAAUGCACAGCAGUUUAGUGGAAACGGUAGUGAUAUUUUCAAAGAUGCUGAACAAUUGAAAACUGUUGUGAAAGAAAAGAUUGCUCGAUUGGAAGAGAAGGGAGUUCAUCCAAUGAGAAGAGCCAAAGCCACACGACUCGUUGAUGCUUUGUUAACCGCUGUUGCAGUUAAUGAAAACUUCUCAGAAGAUUCAGAAGAGGACGAAGAAACUGAAACAAAUUCGGAGCCUAUGUGGAAGUUGUAUUGGACAAUCAGAAAUGCUGUUCACGAGAAAGAUCGAAAUGUUACGCUGGCUGACAACUUUUUGGAACUUCCAAGCAAAGAAUCUUACCCCGACUACUAUGAUGAGAUCAAAAACCCUGUGUCAAUUUUCAUGAUAAAUAAAAGAUUGAAAAAUGGGAAAUAUGAUUUGAAAUCUCUCGUCGCUGAUCUCAUGCAAAUGUAUUCAAAUGCUUUCGACUACAAUCUUGAAUCAUCAGAAGUCUACAUUUCUGCGGAAAAGCUGAAGGCACUAACGAUAUCCACGUGCAAGCAACUUGUUCCUUCAUUCGAUGUUUCUCAAUACGAACCUGCUCCGGCACAACUUACACCAGUGAAACCAAAAGCGACACCACACAGAGCUCGAAUUAAGAUUGAGAUGCCGGACACAGACUCGGAAGAUAGUAGGACUCCACCUCCUACUCAUAAAAGGAAAUCUCCGAAAAAACCUCGUGAAAAUGGAAGUGUUCCUACUCCAACUUUUAAAGGCAGAAAAUCGACGAUCCCUGUCGAUCCAAAUGCUGCUUAUAUGAAGCAAAAAGCAAUGAUGCAAGGGCUUUGGAACGUUAUCCAUUCCUACAGAGUCGCUUCGAAUCCGGGACAUUGGCCAGCGGGAGCAUUCAUACAAUUGCCAUCUGCCAAACAAUAUCCAGAAUACUAUCAAAUUAUUCAAAAUCCGAUUGAUAUGAAAACGAUUCGGAUGAGAAUAGAUGGACAUCAGUAUCCACAGGUUGAUGCAAUGAUCAACGAUUGUCGAGUGAUGUUUUCGAAUGCUAGAGAUUUCAAUGAACCCCGUUCAAUGAUACACAUGGAUGCUAUUCAACUAGAGAAAGCAGUUUUGCGAGCUUAUGAAGGAAUGAGAAACACGUCACUGGGCUCUUCAAUACCGUCAACUCCUCAUUCGUCAUCGUCAAAUCUUAUGAAAGCAAUGAAACUAAAAACUCCGAAAUCCGAGGUCCGUGGUCGCGGUAAAAAGAACUUUAGUGGAUCUGAUGAUGAGGAAUCAGCUCGAAUUAACAUACAACAACAUCAAAGAAGCAUGGAGGAUGCUAUAAUGCAGCUUCCAAUCGAAGAGCAAAAAAUGUGGAGAUUGUUCAAAUCUAUGAAAGAUGUUCGUGAGGAAGGAACCAACCGUCCAUUGGCUGUAAACUUCAUGCGUCUUCCAUCAAAGGAGGAAUUUCCUGCAUAUUAUGACGUCAUUAAAAAGCCGAUGGAUAUGAUGAGGAUCAAGCAUAAGCUGGAGAAUCGUCAGUAUGUAACACUGCUUGAUGUGGUUUCUGAUUUCAUGCUAAUGCUUUCUAAUGCCUGCAAAUUCAAUGAGACUGAUUCUGACAUCUACAAGGAAGCAGUUUCUCUUCAGAAGGCACUUUUGGAAAUGAAGCGAGAGCUUGAUACCGGAGAUGAUGCACCAAGAGUUCAGGUUGAAUUGAGAACCAUAUUUACUUCAAUAUUUGCCUCGCUGUUCAGUAAGAAAGAUGAAGAAGGAAAAUGUUAUUCGGAUCAUUUAACUGAAUUUACGGAAGUUCUCAAAGCGAAUGGAGUACCUUCAUCUGAAUGGCCAUUCACUCUUGAUCAAAUUAAGAUGAAUAUAGAUAAAUGCCGUUACAGACGACUCGAUAAGCUUCAAAAGGACUUUUUCGAUCUGUUCGAAAGAGCAAGAGAACUCUCAAAAGCAGGCUCUUCAAUGUACGAAGCAGCAUGUACACUUCAAAAAUCAUUUAUUGUUGAACGUGAUACACGAUGCAAAGAUUUGAUACACUCAAAUGCGUACUGUGUAAUUGAAAAAGAUAUUGAUGAAGCUAUUGAAAAGGAAAGAAGCUUGAAGGCAAAAGAAGAACAUGAUGAGGAGGGAGGAAACAAACCGGCGAUGGUGAAAAGACAUGAAAGCGAAGUCGAAAUGGAAGAUAUUGAAAUCGAUGGAACGAAAUAUGUGGCACCAUGUUACGCAUACGUUUCCCGAUCUGACGAGAAGAAAACUCCUCUUCACAUUUUCCGAAUUGAACGAACUUUUAAAGACGAGAAUGGGGAAAAAGCUCUUCAAGGACAUUGGGUUUACCGUCCUGAAGAAACUCUUCAUUUGGCAAGCCGAAAGUUCAUGAAACAAGAAGUUUUUCUUACGCCUUUCCGAGAUACAGUACUUGCUGAACGUCUACGAGGACGAUGUGUCGUCAUUUCACUUUCCACGUACACUUCAAAAGUAAUCACCGAGUACAGUGAAGAAGAUGUAUAUCUCUGUGAGUACAAGUAUCAUGGAAAACCAAAAUACUUUGCUAAGCUGAGAACCUGGCCAUUCACUGCUGAAGACGAGGAAUUGGAGUAUACAAAGAGAACAAAACUAAUGACUCCUAAACGGAAUUUGACAGCAGUUGAUUCUGAUGGAAACGAAGGAAAAGACGAUGUAAUUGUUGAUGGAGAAGAAGAAGAAGAUGAAGAAGAUCGUGCUCGUCUUGAAGUAUCAUUGGAUAUGGAAAGAUUUGAGUUGGAAGCGUCAAAAGAUGAAGAAUCUGGAAAAACAUACUUCCAACAAAUCCGUUCUGAAACUGGAAAGUUUUUCUGGCUCGGACAAUGUGUUCUGGUGUUUAACAAUAUGAAGCCGUUGUGUGAUGUGAUGAAGAUUAAUAAGAUUUGGAGAGAAAAAGACGGUUCUGAGUGGUUUUCCGGCUGCUGGUUUGCUCGUCCAUCUGAAACAAUUCACGACGAGGGACGACUUUUCUUCAAGAAUGAGGUUAUUGCGGUGUAUCGAAACGACGAAACUCGUAAAUUGUGCGAGAUUCAGAGAGUUUGUGACGUUAUGCCUGCUAAGCUGUAUAUAAAACAGCGACAGACUGAAGUAUCGGAAUGUGAUGUUUUUGUUUGUGAAACAAUGGUCAACGGAUCAGCAGAUACACCUGACGAUUGUUCUUUGUUUGGUUUUCAGAGUAUUGUCGAUGAGUUCAGUGAUGCUCAAACAAUGAAUCUCGAUUAUGGAAAGGCAAUGCGUAAGAUGAAGGCUCACAAACUUCACGUUUCAAUCCCGAAUGAAGAAGUGCUGUUUUACAAACAACCAAUAAAAAUGGACAAAGAACUCUCACCACUAUUGAAAGGCGAAGGCGUUAUGCCACUGGAUCAUCUGGACGAAAUGAUGGACGACGAUACGGAUGGAAGUGAAUCGGUGUCAAGCAGUAUUCAUCCGAAGAUCCUGAAAGAAGGAUCACCCCCAGCUACAGUUCAAUCGCAGACUUCUUCAGUUUCAACACCUCCACAACAUCCCAGUAUAUCAGCAGAAAUGCCUAUUAUGACACCAAAAGCAGUUAAGAGCAAGAGUGGAUACAUUUUGUUCUCUGCUGAAGUUCGUAAGAGGAUAAUGCAUGAAAAUCCAGACGCAGGAUUCGGUGAAGUUUCCAAGAUAGUUGGUAUUGAGUGGAAAAAAUUGUCGGAAGAACAAAAGAAGCAUUACGAGAUGCGUGCGGAAGUCGUCGCUGUUGAGAAAGCCAAACAGGAUGCCAUUAAAGCAUCGCAAGCGAUGACCCUUUUGCCCGGACAAGUGAGGAUAUAUCAGUGUAAAUGGGCUGCUUGUGAUUCACAAUAUGAUACCGAAUCGGCCCUUCUGGAGCAUGUUAUCCAACAUCAUACUAGUCAAAUUAUUAUGGACAGUGACCAGCAAUUCGUAUGUAUGUGGAUGACGUGUCUACGUAAUCGAAAAGACGGAAAACCAUUCCCAUCGCUUCCUCGACUUCACCGUCACAUUAAAGAAAAACAUAUGCCUACGGCGGCGAAAAACAUUUACUCCAACCAGCUAGGCAAGAAUUUUUUUAAGUCGAUACCAAAUCAAGGAGACACUCCUGGAUGCCGUAUAGUAUCUGCGCCUUACGGACAAUUACCAACUGCACCAUCAAAUGGUGGAAUUCCCCCUCAACAACAACAUCAACAACAGCAGCAUCAUGGAAAUGGAAUGAACGGAAAUAUGCAACAAGGCGCUCCACAAGUUAUAAACAGGCAUCCUGUUAGCCAACAAAUGCAUCAUCAGCAUCCACAGCAUAUGCAGCAACAUCACGAUCAUCAUCCACAUCAGCAGCAUUAUCAGCAAGGUGGCCAACCUCAUCCACAGAUGCAAAUGGGACCACCACAAAACGGAAUGUUCCAACAAGGAUCUUCUUCAUCUCAACAAUAUCAUCAGGCACCACCUCAACAAAUGAUUCAACAACAACAUCAACAACCUGGUCCACCUCCACAACAGCAACAACCACAAAUGCAACCUAUCGUGGUUACAGAUGUUGGACGAACUGUAGUUCGAGCAGUUGUACCUGCAUUUGUUGCACCACCGAAUCAAAUUCAUUCGAGAAGAGUUCUACAUUCGGAAGCAUAUCUCAAGUAUAUCGAAUCACUUGCCCAGAAUCGACAGAAGUCGGUAAGCCGAUGGGAACGAACUCUAGGAGCAACUGCCAGGAAUACCCAACCAGCUGGAAAUGCCCGCGCUCCAUCUCAUUGGAUAAGGAGAAUUGAAAACGGACGACCUGUAGCUCGCGAAGAGGAUGUUACAAAAGCUUUGUGGAAACUUCGCGAUGAAUUGUUGAAGAGUACGUGUAGUCUUGUAAUGGACCGACCAACUCAAUGAAAUCAGUGGAUCUCUUGUUAAAAUUUUAUGCAAUUUUUAUAACUUUAUCAUAAUUAUCCUACCCUAUCUCGCCUCCCCGUUCAAUCCAGAAAACAAGAAUCUCUUUUUCUUUUAAUGUAUUUUCUGAUAACCAGUUAUGUGUGCUCCUUCUGUUUUUAUCCUCUCAUGAUUCCCACGAAUACCUUAAAUCCUAUUUAUUUUCAAUAAUUUAUUCGUUUCUUGAUUGUAUUUCUUACUACCCACUUCAGUCACUAAAUUUAUUAUCAUUUCCAAUUCACCUUUUUUUAAAAUAUUUUUAUUAAUGGGUCGGGUAUGAAACAAAUUCAAACGAUAAAUCAAACAUC